UCUCACUUUAGUGGGUUUAUUGAUCUGUAAAAGUGCUCACAUAGUCAGAACCAGCUCAAUUAAAAAGUGUCUAGACAACAAUAUUCUACCUAAAAAUGUCUUGAAGAGAAGUACGGGUCCAUCAAUUACUGUGUGUGUGUGUGUGUAUCAUAUCAGAUCUAAGCCAAAUACAGACAAAUACAGAGUGGUAUGUUUGUUUUUAUCAAAGAUCAUAAUCUCCUACAGUUGUUCAGGUGGUGAAAAGGUAUAAUUGAGUAAAACGGGAAAAUAUCAGAGUGCACAAACAAACAGUGUUGCAACUAACAAACAUAAUUUGUUUAAAUUACUUCAAACACUUGUUCAAUCCAAUCCUUUAAUAUAUUUUUUAUAACAUAAUCUUUUCUGCUUUUGUCACAUAAUUUACCAAGGAUGACAGUUACUGUAAAGCCCAACAAUGCUCAGUAUAUUUCACUAAAUAAACCAUAAACUGACUCUUGCUUAGAACAUUGUCAAAAUACAUAAUUUGUGUGAAUUUAUUUUAAGACAUGACUUUGAAACUGGUUUGUUAUCUUCCCCUUUUGUUUCCUACUGGUUCAUCUCACUUUUUGUUCUCUUCAGGUAAAACAGGUCAGUUCCUUCGGCUGAUCCUCUACACUAGUCUGAUCUUCUUGACCCUGCAGUGCUUCAUGCAGAUUCCCUUCGCCUACAUCCCUCCACACGUUAGCAGCCCCUGGGAAGACUUCCUCUACCAUGUGGGUAUUAUAAGAUUCAGCUUGGUAGAUCCCGGCAACAUUGUGCGCCUCUUGGCCCCAGACGUGAGCCUCUUCUUCUCUGUCCUUUUUGUACUGAGGCUGUGCAAAAAACUACUGCGCCCCGCGCCCCAAGUUAGUCUCCAUGAAAACGGAAUCCCGCCCUCUGACCCUGAGGAAGUGGAAACCUCUGACACAGAGUCUGAGGGAGGAAGUGAGACCGAGGGCUCGUCCUUUGACAGCUCAGACGAAAGCACCAUGCCGGUUCAGUCGGGUCCGCCCCAGUUUGUUCAGAAGCUGAUAGUGUUUGCAGCCGGACUGAGGCUGCUGUUGUCGGCAAUCAUGAACACAGCAGGGAAAGUGGUGGUGACUAUACUGCUGGGGCUGGCAGGAAUCACGCUGCCCUCCCUCACCUCAGCUGUUUAUUUCGGUGUGUUUCUCGGGCUGGUAUGGUGGUGGGUGUUCAGCCGCUCCAUCAGCCUGCUCUUCUUCAGCUCCCUGUGUGUGAUGAUGGCCAUCUUCAGCGGAGGACACCUGCUGGCACUCUACCUCUACCAGCUGCCGCUGUCCCAGCAGCUUGUGCCA